AAGCCUAAUACUGGGCAGUCAAGCCCUUCUUACUCCGUACAUAGAGACUAUCUGUCUCCUUAGAUAACCAUCUCGCUUACGUUUUAAUUCUCACCAUCCGCUGCAUAAUGCGGUUUACGUUCAUCUUCCUCGCAUCAACGCUCCUCGGCAAUGCGGCGGUAAGCGCUCUCGUCGCGCCGCCUUCUGCAGAGGUCGCAGCACACCAGUCUGCGCAGAAUACUCAGCGCGACGCGCCGGACUACGAGGAUCUGUGGAAGCGGAAAGGCGGUGGUGGAGGAGGCGGCCGCGGUGGAGGCGGUGGUGGAGGUGGUGGCCGCGGUGGGUCAUCGUCGGGUUCAGGGUCGGGCCGUGGAGGUUCUGGCUCAACAAGCGGGGGAUCGAGCGGAACAAGCUCUUCCGGCCGGGGAGGAAGCGCCGGUCGGGGCUCUAGUAGCUCAAACACUGGAGGCCGCACCACAUCCGGCAGUGGCCCUAGUCCAGCAUACGGUGGGGGGAGAUAUUACGGUGGCGGAGCAGCCGUACCGUACAGGUCUGGCAGUCGUUCUCCAACCGGUCUUCUGCCCGUCUUCUUCUUCGCCGGUGCGCUCGCUUUCUGGCCCGGUCUAUGGCUCUAUGGCGCCCACCUGUACCACUACAACCACCCGUACAGCUUCUACAACCAGUCCGCCAAUCGGAACGAGACGAAGCCCGUGACGUGCGCCUGCGAUCCGUACCUCGAGUGCGGCUGCGAUGACACCGGCGACAACCAGCACCUGAACGACCUGGUCGGCAACGGCAGCUAUGCCGCCCUCAACAAGUCGGUGAUCAACGUCGCCGAUGUGAAUGGCACCAGCACCAUCCUGCUCAACGGUACGCUGCCUAACGGCACCACUGCCGCCGGUGGCACUGAGGACCCCAACGCUGGCAACGGCCUGCGGGCCCUGUUGCAGCACGCCGGGUUGUGGCCCGUCAUUGCCACCGUUUGCGCCAUCGUCUUCACCGCUUAAGGUUGAAUAUUCUGGCUGUAUUUACUGCAACCGCUUUUUGCGAACGUCACUUCCUUUCUUUGGUUUCCCUGGUGUUAUACCCAUCUGCCGGGACGGCGUUUCGGUGUCGGAGAGGGGCGGCGAUUUCUUGAUGACGACCUGCUACGAGUGGCUGACCGGC